CUUAUGGGAGGUGGGCCGCAUGCUUCCUACGGUUUUACCGCCCGAGACUGCAUUUCCCACAGGCUACUGCGAUGAGGCGAAAUCAGCCUGGGACUACAUUUCCCACAGGCCACCGGGGCAACCUGGCCCUCUGCCUUUUCCUCCCACUCUUUCGUGAUUGUUGGCGCGGCUGCGGGCUCUGAGGCCUGUGAGGGAGGAGUCGACACCCAGCCUCACCGGGCGGGCGCUGCAGACUCCGACCCGCCCACAGGGCUGCGUGGACUUCUUUCUGUGAAGGAAAAUACUCUGAAUUUUCUAGAGUUUGAACUUCUCUGGUAGAGGAACCCCCCAGGAAGACUGAUCGGUUCUUACAUUUCUAGAAGCAUGGCCCAUACAUAUGUGGGUUUGCAGUUUCAGGGAUCAGUGACAUUCAGGGAUGUGGCCGUAGCCUUCUCUCAGCAGGAGUGGGGGAGGAAUCCUGCUCAGAGGCACUUGCACAGGGAUGUGAUGUUGGAGAACUAUAGUAACUUGGUCUCACUGGCUGGACAUUCCAUUUCUAAACCACAUCUGAUUACUUUAUUGGAACAAUGGAAAGAGCCAUGGAUGAUAGUGAGGAAAGAUCAAAGAAGACAAUACACAGAUUUUCAGUUGAAGGAUGAGACAGUCAGCUCUAAAGAAAUGCCCACUAUUGAGAAAUGUACAUCUUUUGCUCUACAUCAGAGACUUCUUAACAGAGAGCAAUCAUGUGAAUGUCAGGAAUGUGGGAAGACGUUUUGUCAAGGCUCAAACUUUGUUCAACAUGAGAGAACACAUUCUAGUGAAAAAACCUGCAAACGUAAAGAAUGUGGGAAGAACUUUAGUAAUGGACAUCAACUCACCAUACAUCAGAGAUUUCAUAUUGGUGAGAAACCUUAUAAAUGUAAGGAAUGUUGGAAGGCCUUUACCACCUUUUCGUACCUUGUUCGACAUCAGAGAAUUCACACUAUUGAGAAACUCUAUGAAUGUAAAGAAUGUGGGAAGGCUUUUAUUAGAGGCUCAGGCUUUGUUAAACAUGGGAGAAUUCAUACUGGUGAGAAACCAUAUGAAUGUAAGGAAUGUGGGAAGACCUUUAGUAAUAGCCAUCAAUUUACUAUACAUGAGAGUAUUCAUACUGUUAAGAAACCCUAUGAAUGUGGGGAAUGUGGAAAAGCUUUUUAUAGUAGCUCAUACCUUGUUCAACAUCAAAAAAUCCAUAAAGGUGAGAAACCCUAUGAAUGUAAGGAAUGCGGGAAAGCUUUUAUAGUGUAUGGAAAACUUCUUCGGCAUCAGAAUAUUCAUACUGGUGAAAAACCUUUUGUAUGUAAAGAAUGUGGGAAGGCCUUCAGUACCUUCUCAUACCUUGUUCAACAUCAGCGAAUUCACACUGGUGAAAAACCCUAUGAAUGUAAAGAAUGUGGAAAGGCCUUCAGUAGUAGCUCACCCCUGGUUAAACAUCAGAGAAUUCAUACUGGUGAGAAACCCUAUGAGUGUAAGGAAUGUGGGAAGGCCUUUACUGUGUAUGGACAACUUACUCGACAUCAGAGUAUUCAUACUGGUGAGAAACCGUUCUAAUGUAAGGAAUGUGGGAAGGCUUUUAGACUUAGUUCAUUUCUUAAUGCACAUCAGAGAAUUCAUGCAGGGGUAAAGCCCUGCGAAUGCAAGGUGGGGAAGGCCUUUAGUCAUGCCUCCUACCUUGUUCACCAUGAAAGACUUCAUACAGAUGAGAAUCCGUAUGAGUGUAAAGAGUGUGGGAAGACCUUUAGUUCUGGCUCUUCCCUAGUUCAACAUCAGAGGAUUCAUACUGGUGAGAAACCUUAUGAAUGUAAGGAAUGUGGAAAGGCCUUUACUGUGUAUGGACAACUUAUUGGACAUCAGAGUGUUCAUACUGGUGAGAAACCCUUUGAAUGUAAGGAAUGUGGCAAGGCCUUUAGACUUAAUUCAUUCCUUAGUGAACAUCAGAGGAUACACACCGGUGAGAAACCCUUUAAAUGUAGAAAAUGUGGGAAGGCCUUUAGAUAUAGUUCAGCCCUUAAAGUACAUCAGAGAAACCAUAUGUGUGUAAAACCCUAAAAAUUUAAGGAAUUUGGGAAGUCCAUUAUGUAUGGCUUAAACAUUGUUCAGCAUCAGAGAAUUUAUGCUAAUGAGAAACAUGGAUGUUAAAAAUCUUGGUAGGCCUUUAGAAAAUAUUCUCCUAUUAGAGAAUUCAUAAUGGAAUUCAGAAAACAUAAAGCCUUUAUUUGUCAUUCUUGUGUUUAUAAUAUUUGAAUCCGAAUAUUCUGGAUUGGUGGCCAAUUCAGAAAAGGUGGGAGACAUUAAUACAGCAUUGAUAGCAUGAAAGUUUAUAUGACAUAUUCUAAUAUGGUUGAAUGAACUAGUGAAUAAAAAAACCUUCCAGUACUCUUAAAUCAUUGCUAAACUUCAGAUAAUCCAUCCUGAUUUUUAAAAAGCAGUUUAUAUUGGAAAGCCUACCAUAGCACAGAUGUCAAUUCUUGUCAUUGUCAUGCCACCACUGUCAAGCUGUUUGACAUUAGGCACCUUACUUUUUAUUUCAGGGCAUUGCUUUAAAAUGGUGGUGAUAGAACCUACAUACUUGUAAAAACCUAUGCUCAAUAUUUAUUAAUUUUAUUAUUAGCAUUUUUUAUGCUCAAUAUUUAUUGAUUAUUAGCAUUUUUUUAAUUUUUAAAAAGAUUUUAUUAUUUAUUUGACAGAGAGAGACACAGCGAGAGAGGGAACACAAGCAGGGGGAGUGGGAGAGGGAGAAGCAGGCUUCCCGCAGAGCAGGGAGCCCCGCAUCGGGCUCCCUGUUCAGCGGGAGUCUGCUUCUCCCCCUCCUUUCCACUUGUGCUCUCUCUCACUGUCUCUCAAAUAAAUAAAUAAAAUAUUUUAAAAAUAAAAUUAAUUAGAAACUUACUGUCACAGUGUAUGCAGUUAAUAAAGGUGUUAAAAGAAGGGACAAUCAUACACAUUUGUUCUAGGACCAUUUCUUGAAACAAAUUCUCUCCCUCCAUUGUGUUACUUUGUGAAAAUCAGUAGACUGCAUAACAUUUAUUUCCGAAUACUCUUAUAUACUAUUGUACCAUGUGUCUAUUAUUCUAACAGUACCAAAGAGUAUUGAUUACUGCACAUUUCAAAACUGCUACUGCUUUGUUGAAAGUCUUUUUCAGUUACAUAUUUUAAAAUCAGCUUGUCAAUUGCUAUGGGGGAAAAUGUUUUGGGGGAUUAUAAUAUGGAUUGUAUUGAAUCUAUUGAUCAAUAUGGAGGUAAUUCACAUCUGAACACUACUGAGUCCACCAAUUCAUGAACAUCUGUUUCUUUUUAUUUAGGUCUUUAAUUUCUCUUAGCAAUGCUGGGUAAUAUUCAGUCUUCCUCAUAUUUUAUUAAACUUAUCCUUAAGUAUGUCAUAAUUCUUGAUGUUAUGAUAAAUUCUGUUGUUAAAUAUAUAUAAUAUACAUAAAUACUUUAUAUAUAUAACAAUAUAUAACAAAUGAAUAUAUAUAUACACACACACACACACACACACAUAUAUGUUGCUCAUUUGUUUUUAUUGUUGAGUAGUAGUCCUUAUGGGUGAACCACAAUCUGUUUAUCCAUUCACCAGAUGAUAGCAGUUUGGGUUGUUUCCAGGUUUUGGCAAUCAUUAAUAAAGGCACUGUUGGUA